ACCCUCCCGGCUAGCCUCACCUCCAUCGGCUACUGCGCCUUCGCCCACUGCUCCGCCCUCUCCUCCGUCAACCUCCCCGCCGGCCUCACCUCCAUCGGCUACUGCGCCUUCGCCCACUGCUCCGCCCUCUCCUCCGUCAACCUCCCCGCCGGCCUCACCUCCAUCAACAACGCCGCCUUCCACAGCUGCUCCGCCCUCGCCUCCGUCACCUUCCCUGCCGGCCUCACCUCCAUCCGCUACCGCGCCUUCCACAGCUGCUCCGCCCUCGCCUCCGUCAACCUCCCCGCCGGCCUCAUCUCCAUCGGCGACGGUGCCUUCCAAGAGUGCUCCUCCCUCACCUCCAUCACGCUGCCGCUGCCCGAUGGCCUCUCGAUUGGCGACUUUGCCUUCUCCGACUGCCCCCUCAGCGAAGGCGCAAAGGCAGCAGUGCGGGCCAUCAACUUUUGGGCGGUGCAGCCUUCAAUCGACGCGCGGGGGCACGCCACUGUGCCAGAGGGCAUCACCACCAUCACCAACUUCGCCUUCUCCGAGGAGUGCUCCUCCCUCGUCUCCGUCACCCUCCCUGCCAGCAUCACCUCCAUCGGCGACAGCGCCUUCUCCCGCUGCUCCGCCCUCGCCUCCAUCUCCCUCCCCGCCGGCCUCACCUCCAUCGGCAAGCACGCCUUCUGGGGCUGCUUCGCCCUCUCCUCCGUCGACCUCCCCGUCGGCCUCACCUCCAUCGGCAACUACGCCUUCUGCGGCUGCACCUCCCUCCGCUCCAUCACCCUCCCCGCCGGCCUCAGAUCCAUCGGCCAGGAAGCCUUCAAGGGCUGCUCCGCCCUCGCCCGUGUCGCCUUCCCCGCCGGCCUCAGAUCCAUCGGCUUCUGCGCCUUCGCCGACUGCUCCGCCCUCGCCCGCGUCACCUUCCCCGCCGGCCUCACCUCCAUCGGCCAGCAAGCCUUCUAA